UUUAACUAGAUGCUUAGUUGUAAAUAUAGCAAUUGAAAUGUUAUGAUAUGUUUUAUGACAAAGCAUAGAAAUAACUAAAAUUGUGCAUGUGUAAAAGAAAAGAGAGAGGGUUAGGAAGAGAGAGCAGAUAAAACAAGGCACAAAAGAAGAUAGGAAUGGGGAGAGCAAGGGUCUCAGCUGUGAGAAGAAUUUGAUGUGCCCUGCCUCUUUUCUCUUUGUCCUGUAAAAGCCAGUUCUUGGAAUCGGGUGUCAUUUCUGCUUCGUGAAAACUCACAGCUAAGCCAGAGUCAUGCUAUCAGGAGCAAACAGACAUCUGCUCAUGCACACACAGACACAUGCUGCUGCAGAGAUGAGCAUGAAGUUUGCACUUCCCUUUCAGAGAUAACCUUGGUCUUGAAUAGGAGCGACUUUGACUCUGGUGUUCAAGGAUGUCGGUGAAGUUGCAAUUUGACUCUCCAUCAGAAGGUGGUAUGGUGCAGAGGAGUUGCUCCUUCACUGGAGUCAACACACUUACUGGCAGACAUAGGUUCUCUUCUACUCGUAGUUCUCUGCGCACCAAAGGCCUGGCAGGAAAAUCUCCAAGAAUCCCCACUUCUGCUCAGGUAGUUGGCAACAUUUGGAGACAGCAGCCUGAGCAGGUUGACAAAGUUUUUCAGGCUUUACAGAAAGGGCUCAAGGAGUAUCUUGAAGGCCACAAGACAGAGCUGGAAAUUCUCUUAUCCCAGCAGAGAGACACAAUAAGGAAUUCAAGACUGGCUUUUUUCUAUGAUUUAGAGAAGGAAAUAAGAGCUUUGGAAAGAUAUAUACGACGGCUAGAGUUCCAAAUUAGUAAGGUAGAAGGGCUAUAUGAGACAUAUUGUAUCCAGUGGCGAUUAUGUCAAGGAGCUGUUAAUAUGAAGCGAGCAUUUUCACUCUCUCCAUCCUCACGGGCAUCACGAGAGAGCCUACUGGAGCUAAACCGCAAUCACAGACACAGUUUGGAGGAUAUGUGUGAAAUGGAAGGGGAGUUGGAGAUUCUACUGGGAGAGUUGCAAAUAAAAAUGAAAGGUUUGAUAGGUUUUGCUCGUCUCUGCCCUGGUGAUCAGUAUGAGGUGUUAAUACGAUUAGGACGACAGCGAUGGAGAAUCAGAGGGCGGAUUCAGUCUGAUGACAACCAGCUGUGGGAUGAAGAGGAAAUAGUUUUCCUCCCUCAUAUCCAUGAGAGCUUUGAGAUCAAGGUAACAGAGGUAAAGGGCCUAAGCUCCAUCUUAGUUGGAAUGGUGACAUGUAAGUGCACCGAAUUCUACACGGCACAUCCACAAAUGAUGGUUGUUGACAUUACAGAACUGGGAACAAUCAAGCUCCAACUGGAGGUGGUCUGGAAUCCUUUUGAUAGAGGAAUGGUAAAGAACAUCACGUCAUCUUCCAGUCGACUACCUACCCACAGCAGGAAAAGACCGGUACUCUCUCCAUUGGCUUAUGAAAGGACCAGUCAUCCCCCAAGCUUCCCAGACCUUUCUAUUGAUUGUCAAUCAGUGGAUGAAAAGACACCUAUUAGAGAGGGUGAUAAAUGUGAAGAAUGGCCUUCAGAGCCGGAAACAGGUUCUUCUACUCCAAGGGACAGCAAGCGAGACAGCAUUCUGCUAUUUCAGAGUUACAAUACUCCUGAUAUUCUUCAACAAAAUAGUGUGGUGGCCACUAAUCACGAACUGGAACCACAGAAAAAAAGGGUGGCUACAGACGAUCUUAUAAUAGAGGAGGUAGAAGAAGGGGUUGAACAAAAGGCAAAGGUCCAAGAACAUGUAGGGAAAUUCCAAAGAAAAGCAUUAGCCAUGAGGAUUGGCCUGGUUCAAGCACAAGUUGCUACUACCUUGAAGGAGAUAGGCUUUGCCAAAGCAGAGUUAAAGCACCUGAAUCUACAUAUACAGCAUCUCACCAAGGUCUUAAAGAGAGACAUCUACAAUCUUCAAACAUCUUCUAGUGAAGCACUAGAUGUAGAGGAAGAGGAAGUGCUUGGCAGUUUUGACUUUCUAUCCAUUGACUUCAACACAGAAGACAACAACUCUUGCAUGAAUAGCAACAGACUCAUGGACAUUAGGUUCACUGUGACAAGUCAAGAGGGAAUGUCGGAAGAUAUAAGGGAGCAGCAUCCAGGGAUCAUGGCAAAAAGAACACAGAGGGAGGACAAAAGUUUACUCAGCACUGGAGAGUACACUCUGGAUCAAGCCUUGGAGAUCCACCUCAACAUAUGUAUUGUGCUACUGAAAGCACUAAGGGUGUAUAAUUUGGAGUACAUGCAACAGUACAUCUUGGAAGAACUAUCACGCCAAAGCAAAGUCCUUGAAAAAAUCGCCAAUUUUACAGAAAGGAAGACUCAUGAUAUCUCAGCAACAGAAUUGUGGUCUGGGGCACCGAAGCUGAGAAAUGUUAUGAUGAUGUGGGAAGAAUGUUGUGGAAGUGCCCCAGCAUUUUGUUGUACUGCUGACUCAUUUCUCAAGAUGCUACGCAAGCAAUUUAUUCACAAAGUGAAAGCCAAGUUGCCAGGCCAAGCUGAUAGAGUCUUUGCUCAGUUGUUGCAGCAGGUCCAGUCCUGCUCUAUGAUGGUCCCACAAACUGGGUGCGCAACAGAUCUAGUCUCUUUGUUUCAGUUACAUAUCUACCUUAACCGUUGGAAGAUCACCAACUUCGGAGAUCAUAUCUCUCAAAUGUCAAGAGAAGUGUAUUUAGUAUCAUGUCUUGAGUCCCCCAAGCGGAGGAAGGUACUCAAGAAGCUAAAAGGAUGGAGGAUCUCAGAACUGCAACCAAUGGGACAAACCCUCCAGCUCCUGGCCAAGUUACUUACAGAUGAUAGUCACAAGGUUGAAAUUUCAGCGAAUUCUUGCCUUUGCAGGGCCUCAGGCUAUAAGUCAUUUAGGUUAAAGGCCCUGGUUCACUACACAUGGCUGUUGAAAGAUAAUCACAUUCAAGUGCAGCAGCAGGCCUGUUUAGCAUUGAAAUGCUUAAAGGCCCUUGAAAGCGCUGAGCAUGUGGCUGAGCUGUGCCACUCCACAGAUGAAGAGUUAAGGAACGCAGCCAGAGAGACUAUCCUUUCAUUUGGGAAAAAAGGCCACAAAGCAUUUCAAAAAAUGGACCAGAUCUGCUCUGAAAUACAUGAGGAAAUUUAUAAAAACCAAAAAACUGAACUCACAAUCUUUUAAAGGACAAAUUUUGCAAAUUAUUUUACUGUUGAUGCAAAGAAAUGUAAGCAAUAUACACAAUACACAAUAUAUAUAUAUAAACUUUACACAGUAACAAUUACAACUAAGAAACCAAAAAGAGAAAAUACAUUGAAUUGAGAGUAACUGAAAAGUAAAUCAACAUUUAAAAUAACAGAAUUAAAAUUUCCUGUCAUCUAGUAAUUAAUUAUAGACUCUAUUCAUUUCCAAGAUAAAAAUUUCCUCUUACCAAUUCAUAUAAAACUUCACUCAGAAUUCAACACUGCUGAUGCUAAGACAAAUAGUGAGUGAACAGUUGUGUAGACAAUGGCAAAAAAUAAUCGCCUUGUUAAUGUUUCUUGCUAAAAGCAAGCAAUUCUAGCCUAGGCAGUAAGGAACAUGUUGAGAUUUUGGAGCCAUAUCAUUUAAGUCUAAAUUAAACAAAUAGAAACGUUUUUUUUUCUGAGUUUGUUUGUUGUGUUCAUAGCCCUGUUGACUAUUUAUUUGUUUAUUUAAAUGUUAACUGUUUGAAAAAAAAAUUUUUAUUUUACUUGGUGUGUUUACCCUUUUGUAUCCCAAAUUUGUUGUAUUUUUUAAAACCAGUAGUAUUUAACAUAUGACGGAAUUACAGUACACUCUAUUUGGUUAAGUGACUAAUUCCCAGACACCUCAACCGGUGCAAUUCAGAAUGAAAACUCGAUAACUGCUCUAAACAGAAAGUGGAAUAUUAUUAAUUUCAGCAAGAUGUCAACUUUGAACUUUUGUAUUACUCAUAUUAACUCAAAAGCCAUUUUGACCUGUUUCAAUGUGCCAUUAAAAAUAUAUUUUUUGUACAA